AUGGCCAGUGGUUCCUUUCAGCCUUGGGCCAAGGGUGGGUAAAUUCCUUCCAGUCCCACACUCUGUAGACUGCCCCACACUCCUGUUCAUGUGAGUUGUCCAUGCUCAGGGGAAUCUGGUCUUGUGGAUCUUUUCCGCCUUGAUGUUCUCCCAUCUCUGUGCUGACAGAAGGAGUAGCUUUUGCCUUUAUCCUGCCUCUGCUUUCCUGAGGCUGCUGCAAGCCAAGGCCUGUGCUGGCUCUUUCCCUUUCCAGUGAGAGGCACAAGAGGAAACAAAUAUGGAGUUUCCAAGGCCAUGCUUUUGCAAGGGUCUCAAACCCUUCCGGUUGGUGAGAAGCUGCCCAGCUGAGUGUGACCUGGGAGUCCUGCAGGAACGGGGCAGAAUCCCCACAGGAAUCCCUGAAGAGCUUGCCGGUCCCUGAACUCUCCCUGAUCAGCACCGUCGCUGUUUUUUAAAAAAACCCACUCCCUGCAGCUGCCUGGGGAGCUCAGCAUUGCAGAAUGGAGAACUAUAAGAAGACCAAAAUUGUGGAGAAACCUUGUCCUCUUCCUUUCACUGACCUGCCCGCUGAUAUUACUGAAAUGAAGGUGAAGGAUGGGAGCAAAAUCAGGAAUCUGAUGGGCUAUGCCAUGAGCAAGAUGGAGCAGGACUCGGUGCGGCAGAUUCUUUUCACUGGCUCAGGCAAGGCCGUCAGCAAGACCAUCACCUGCGUGGAAAUCAUGAAACGAAGGCUGAAGGAGCUGCACCAGAUCACCAAAGUGCUCUUCAGACAGAUUGAAGAAAUCUGGGAGCCCAUUGUGCCUGAGGCAGGCCUCGAUGCCUUGACAGUGAAGAGGAACAUUCCUGCCAUUUGUGUCCUGCUGAGCAAAGAUGCCCUGGAUCCCCAGGAGCCGGGGUACCAGGCUCCGGGAUCUUUCGAUGCCUUCUGGACUGAGACACUGAAAGCAGAAUCGCAGGGCCAGAUGAAGCGGAAGCAGGGCGGAGGCCGGGGAGCUGCCAGCACGGGGAAGCACCCUCGCUCCACAGGGGGAGUGAUGGGCGGGCCCUGAGGCGGCGGCCCCGCGUGGUUCAGGGGAGCUGCAGAAACCAGCCCGGGGCUGUGGCUGCACAGCUGCUGCUGAACACGGGGCUCACACAGGUCUGAGGGGAGGGCAGGAGGAGCGGACUGAUGCAACUGGGUGUGAUCCUGGCUGUCUGAAAAUGGGUUUUGACAAGUUCCCUUGCCAGAGGCUGCCGGGCUGUAUUCCUUAGGGGAUCGCGGAAGAUGGGAAUUGCCUCUUCUUGUGCAAGAACUGUUGGUGUGCUGUCAGCGAGCCCCAGCGAAGGGCUGCACGCCCAGUGAGGUUUCAGGUGCCUGGGCGUGCAGCAGCCUGGGCAGUGGGACAGACACCUGUCUGUGUGCCAGGUGCAGGUUGCUCUGACCAGUACAAAGGGGAGACAGGACCUGAUGUGGAAUCCCUGGGAAGCUGCCAGCGCCGCCCUGGCUCAUGAACAUACAGACAGCAGGGCACAGGGCUGAGCCAGCCAUUUCUGUGCCUGAAGAGUCCUGCUGAGCCUGUCGGGGGGGUGGAAUGUAGGACUGCCAGGAUGCAGCUCUGUGUGGCGUCAUGUGCAGGUAGCUCCUUGGCUCAGCAGAGCUGGUGGUUGUGCAUCUCUCUCCAAACAGGCAGCAGUCGACUCGUGUUGUAACCAGCCUGAAAUCCUGUGGCUCUGCAGCUGUCCUGGGGUGGUGGUAAUGGGAAGCUCCAAAGGAUCCUGUUUGUUCCCCUUUCUGCUCCUUCAUAAUGCACAAAGAUGGUUUUAAAAUAAAGAUGUUACUUCAUGUAA